AUGGCCAAAGAUAGACCAGCCUCACGAAGAGAUUCAAAAAAAGAAUCACAAAAAAGAGAUGCUGGCUGGGAUAGCAAUGGCGGAGCAUUGAAAUCAGAUGAACCUGAAAAUCCAGUAAUAGACCUUGACUGGGUGCUUAUCAAUGAGCUGGGACAGUUUGGGCGGUUCCAAAUAAUUAAUGUCAUCCUAUUAGUGUUCCCCGUCAUCUCUCAUGCGUUUUUGAGCGAAUUCGUCUUUUCCGCUUCUGCUAUUCCACAUAGGUGUCGGAUUCCUGAAUGCGGAGAGACUGGGGGAUCAGGUUACGAGUUGUUCCCAGAGUGGAUCUUGAACGCUGUUCCCAGCAGCAACGGACAACCGGACAGAUGUUCACGCUACGCGCCGGCGGGUAAUGGCUCGCUGGAGUACUGCCCGGCUACCAUGUUCGAUCAGGCCGUUACGCAGGAGUGCGAUGGAUUUGUGUACGAGAGAACUAACUCAGUCGUGUAUGAGUUUGAUCUCGGCUGCCAAGAGUGGAUGCGUGCUCUGGCCGGUACAUUGAGCAGCAUUGGCACCUUACUGGUUCUCCCAAUCACAGGGUACAUAUCCGACAAAUAUGGCAGACGUGUGGCUCUCUGCAUCAGCGUCUUCAACCUCGCGCUCUUUGGCCUCAUCAGAGCGUUUUCUGUGAACUACCCCAUGUAUCUGGUGCUACAGAUUUUGCAGACAACUCUUGGGGCCGGCACCUACAGUGCUGCUUUCAUUUUGGGGGCAGAACUAGUCGGCCCUAAAUACCGAGUACUGACAGGCUCAACAAGCUUAUCAACCUUCGCCGUGGGUCACAUCACCAUGGCCGGAGUAGCCUGGCUCGUGCAGCCAUGGCGCUAUUUCAUCAUGACACUAUACAUCCCCUGCUUUCUAAUGAUCGUUUAUUAUUGGUGCAUCUCAGAAAGUGUUAGGUGGCUACUUUCUAAAGAAAGGUUCGACGAAGCUAAAGUUGUGUUGGAGAAAGUGGCAAGAGUAAAUAAAACGAAGAUCAGCGAGAAAUCCAUGCAGGCGCUGCUGACGCCUGCUCCCGUAAAGGAGAAUCAGAUGGACAACUCCAAUGGCUUGGUUUAUACAAUUUUGAAAUCGCCAAUACUGCUUCGACGUAUCUGCACUACACCAGUCUGGUGGAUCGCAACCACAUUCGUCUACUAUGGGUUAUCCAUAAACUCCACUGGGCUCCCGGGCAAUAUGUACGUCAACUAUAUGCUGGUGUCUGCUGUGGAGAUCCCUGCCAUUUAUACCGCUGUGCUGUUACUGGAUCGUGUUGGCAGGAAGGCUGUCCUCACGACUGGGUUCUUGCUCAGCGCUGCUUGCAACCUUGCAUUCGCUUUCAUUGACAAUAAUGAACUAGUGACACUGGGUCUUAUUCUGUUUCUGUUCGGCAAAUUUGGAAUCUCGGCAGUGUUCACGUCUUUAUACAUUUACACAUCUGAGCUGUACCCUACGCAGUUCCGUCACACACUUUUGGGAUUCUCUUCUAUGGUUGGACGUAUUGGCUCAAUCACCGCUCCGCUUACUCCUGCUUUGGCGGUGUACUGGGCCGGCAUCCCAUCAGUAAUGUUCGGCACUAUGGGUCUUUUGGCUGGCAUGCUAGUGCUCACACAGCCGGAGACCCUAGGCUGCAAGAUGCCGGACACGUUGGCUGAUGCAGAGGCUAUUGGAAGACAAAAGAAGAAGACUAUCACUAGUGCUCUCUAG